AUGAAGUUUCUUGUUACUGUGUGGCAAGAUAUUAUCAUUCAUAAUGAUGAGAAAGAUGAAUUACUACAGCCGAGUUUAGUUGAACGUGUUCGAUAUAUAUUAAGCCGCAAUGUUCUUUCGUGCAUUCAUCUUUAUAAUUGUUACAGUGAUUUACCUGAACAACUCAAAAUCAUGUUUAUUGAAAUAUUUCGUGAUCGAACUUUACAUCUAUUAUCCGCUAAACAAUAUCAAAAAUGGGACGGGAAUCAUUUGGACGCAAUUCUCAAACUUCUAAUAAAUGAUCAAAUUCAGUGGCCUUUAGAGGAUUAUUUCAAAGUGCUAGAUAUUGUUUCCCAAUGUGUGGAUCUUGGACUCUUGACAAAAUUUCAUGAGUUCCUGGAAUUUGGAUUUAAUACAUUUAAGGAAAUAGAUGAAUCGAAACUUUCAAUUUUAUGCAAGCAAUGGUAUCGCAAUUUAUUAGAUCGGGCAUCAAAUUUUUCCAACUCAGAUAAUAAUAAUGAUUAUAGAGAUAAAUUUGCUUUUAUGGCAUUCAGUCAUAUUUCGAAGGUUUAUCCUUACAUUGGUAAAAUUCCUGUUUGGCAAACUUUGCUUGAAAUUGCAGUAAGUCGUGUUAAGCACACUUCUGAAGAUGUUAUUUUCAGCACUGUUGAUAAAGUAGUGGAAAAAUUAGUGGAGCUUGUUGUAGAAGCAUUUAUUGCUAUGGUGAAGGACAAAUUAAAUUCAUCCAUGUGUAUUGCGGAUAAUCAGCUUAUGGCAAAGAUCAAAUUAAUUUGCAAUUGUUCCACUGAUGAAUUGAAAGUACCUACAAGAUCUAGCGAAGAUAUUUUGUGUCAUAUCAUGACUCGAUUACAAUCUACUUUCGAUUCCCAAACAUUCUCAGAGAAUUUUCACCUUUCUUUACUUAAUUCUGGAAAUUUUUGGAUUCAAAUAUUGAAAGCCACUGGAAGUGUUGAUAAAUUACACUCACAUCCACAAAUAAAUGAAGUUCGAAAUGCUAUUUCUCAUCUUACUGAAAUUUUGAGUGAAGAAUCUAUUAGUAUCUCCUUGCUUCAAGAGCUUUUAAAUAAAGAUGAUAAUUUUUUGCUUACAUAUUUUGGUUUCGCUAUUAUACCUUCUAUAAACAAGAAUAUCCUGACAAACAUUCGAGAAAAAUAUCGAAUUUAUGGACUAGGUCUUGACUACCUUAAUUCUUUUUAUACUGAAUUUUGUCCUCAAUCUAUUGUCUUUGAUGUUAAAGAGUAUAUUGAUGACAUUUAUGAGAUGCAUCAACGCAAGAAUGCUACUACACUUAAAGAUACAUCUUUGAAUGAUUACUGGGGAAUGCACACUGAUAUAUUGCGUAUUGCUGAAGAUUUAUAUAAAUAUAGGAAAUCUCAGACAUUCAAGAAUUGUUUGAGUUAUCUAAUAGAAGAGGAAGAAGAAGAUACGCGAAGUGUUAAAUGGAUAGUUGAAAUAAUGCCAAAAGUCUAUGAAAGUUAUUGUCGUUGGUGUAGGACUUAUUUGAAAUGGGAAACAGAGAAGUUUUCAUUUGCCAAAAUUUUGUGGAACAAAGUUCCAGAUAUCACUGUCGAACUUGAUUUGAUGGAUGGUAUAUUAAAAAUUGAAAGAAGUCCAAAAUUAUUGAGAACAUUAACUGAUAUUUCUAAAGUUGCUCAAUGGAUCGAGAAAUUAAAACAACUUACUGAGGUUGUAUGCAUCUUUAAGAUACAAGAGGAUAAAGAUGAAGAUAGUUGGUUAGAGGAAACAUUGAGUGACUUGAGAGACGAUGAAACUUUGACAUUAGGAAGAUUAUGUGAUUCUUUUGAUCUAUUACAUGAAAAACUUCAAGUACUUGAUGAUGCAUGCUGGGCAUUGAUUAAGGAGUUAUCCCUUUCAGGAGACUUUUUGAACUGGCUUAGGUCAAUAGCUGAUCAUGAUAUUAAGAAUUUGAUUAAUGGAGUAGACGAUCAUUCUGAUGAAAGACUUAUUCAAGAAGAUACGGUGUCAUCUCUUAUUCAUGUUAAACAAUUCCUUUUACCAAUUAUGUUAGAUGCAGAAAAUUUCUCGUUGGAAGAAUUUUUGAAAGAAAUACGAAAUGUUGCAGAAACUAAUUCUUCAUUAGCCACUGCUAUUUCGAAUCGUGGUGAAGUAACCAAGGAAAAGAUUUCCAAUGCAGUAAAGAUUGGUGUCUAUGAAUUUAAAUGGACAUCAAAAGAUGAUGUAUGUUCUGCUACUCUAUCUUAUUCAUCUAAAAAUGGCACUAAGAUGACAUAUUCUAUGAGUGAUUUGCAAGAUUUACGUGGCCGAGCAUUGUUAAUAGCUAAACCUGCAUCCACAAUAUAUGGAGAUAAGGAAGAAUCAAAAGAUAUAAUGAAUGAGUUUGUGUUACAAGUUGACAAAGCACAAAGUAUUAUUGAUGAGUUUACUAAGCUUAUCGAGGCUGGUCAUUUUAAUUAUCGUGAGUAUUCUAAAGAGGUUACAGGCCUAGAACAAUUGAAUUCACAUCUUAAAGCUUUAGAAAAGGAUUUGAAAGCUUGCAAAGGGCCUAAUCGAAAAAUUUGCGAAAAAACUUGCGAAACUCUCGUUAGAUAUGUCAAUUUUGGAGCAAAAUUACCGCCAAUACGAAAUCCUAAAGAUGCACUAAAUAUUAAAAAUCAUCAUUACAAAGUCCUUUGUGACAUUGGAAUAAGAUUAAAGAACAUUUUUGAUUCUCUAUCAAAAAAUCCUAUUCCUUUCGAAGAAUGUGGUGAACGUAUAGUUUCUGAUGUUGUAUAUCCCGGAAAGCUAUUUGUCGCCGCAUGUAGUGAUCGAUCUGUUAUACCUAAUAUUAUAAUGUCAUUAUAUGCUAACAGUAAAUUUUAUCCUAACGCGUGGCAACUCUUAAUUUGCACACCGUCUACAACUUCUGAGGAAAUAGCAAUAUUUAUCAAGAGAUGUUCAUUUGCUUCAAACAAUGGGUACAAAGAUCAUCUUUUUUGUAUGGCUAAUCUAGAGGUUCUUGACUAUAAGUUACAAUAUUAUGUAGUUAAACAAAUACGAAGUCUUUUGGAUAAAGCCAAAAUUUUUUACUUGGCUUUGAUUUGUUGUCAAGAACCCGGAAUGCAUCACCAUAUUUUGGAUCAAUUUUCCGAAGAUGUUCGCGUAACCAAUGGAUUAAGCACUAAAUCAAUGAAAGAGUCGUAUAGAGCAAUAUGCGAAAAAGUCAUCUGUGUAACUUCUGAUUUAUCUGGACAAGGAAAAACUGAAUGGAUCAAACAAGAAAGUUAUAGAAAAAUGGUUAUUCCGCGUACAUUUCUUAUUAAUGAUGGAGCUGAUUUUGGAAAAUUGGUGAGACAAUUCCAAAAAUUCCCGAUUCGCAAAACUUUGGAUUCUUUACAUAUUAAUAUUAUAUCAGCAGACAAUCCCUGGGAAGUUAAUAUGUUUUUAUUUCAAUUAUUAACAUUUGGAAUUGUUUCUCACCAAAGUGAUAUUGGAACCCUCCCGGAUAUCCACGUAUUUAUCGAAGUUGCUUCUAGUGUGGAUAAUCGAUUGGCAAAAUCAUUACCAAUAGUUAGUUAUUUAGAUUCUCCACAUCUUCGUUUCAAUUUUAAACAAUUAAUCGUAUCGAAUGAGAUUUAUAGUCCAAUUCAAGUAGUUUGUCAAUACUUGAAUGCACAUGAAAAUGCCUCAUUGGAUGAAUGUGAAAUAGCUUAUCGACAGCCCACACAUAAGCCUCUUCCUACUAAAAGAUGUCAACAAUUAUUGUCCAAAUAUUUCUUCAAUACUAUUACCCCUGAUCUUUUAUCUUAUCGAUUCCUCGAAAUCUUUAUUAAUGUUUUUGCAAAUCAACUGAUCCGGUUAUCAUGUAGUUCAUUUUUCACAGUGGAAAAUCUAAGGUUAAUGAUCAAAGAAAAUAACAUUCGAUUAACUUUGUUUAACACCUUAAUGGAUGUUUCUAAAGAUUUUGCCACACGGUCAAUUCAAACCAAAAAUUCUCAAAUGCAAGCACUUUCAGAUUCACCAGAUCAAUUAGGAAACAUAACUAGUUGGGACGAUUCCAAUCAUCUUUUAGUGUUUUUCAUGUCUCAAACACCAGAUUCCAUUUGUGCUUUAUAUCGUGAUAAAGCAAAAGUUCUUGAAAAUGUCCAGACUUUACUUAAAAGUCAGCAUAUUGCAAGUGACAAAUGGCAAUUAGAAGAUUAUAGAACAAUGCCAAUGGACUUAUUGUUGCUGAGAUUGGAAAGUAUAGCUCGUAAAACUCAUCAUAAAAUUGAUUAUCCACCUUAUGCUUUAUCAGCUGAUAAUCUUUUGAAGAUGGCUUUGAUUUUGUUGAGAACACGCGCUAACGUACCUGUAGUAAUUUGUGGUGAAGCUGGAUGUGGAAAGACAAGUUUGAUUAGUUUCCUUGCUAGAGUGGUUGAAGCGGAAUUUCACGCUUUAAAUCUUCAUGCUGGCAUAACAGAGGAAAUGAUCAUUCAAUUUAUGGAAGACUCUCAGAUAAAUGUUCAUCAUCAUGAAAUUAAAAGAUUUGAUGAACAAAGAAGUAAUUUAGUUUAUGAAGUAAAACCAUUACCUGACCAAAUCUUAGAUUAUGUUUGGGAUUAUGGUGUUUUAGAACCAAGUGAUGAAAGAAAAUAUAUAGAGAUUAUGACAAAAACUCAACUUGACAAUAACCUAAAUCAUGAAAUGCUUGCCGAUCUAUUGUUCACUUCACAACAAUUUAUUCGAGAUGUUGAAGAAAAGUAUACUGUUAGUUUAAGAGAUGUUAAAAGAGCUAUUACUUUAAUAAAAUUCUUUUAUAAUUCAUUACAAGACCGGCCUCGGGUUAAAAAAGAAGUACCAUAUCCACCUACUAAACCUAAUAUAGUUUUACAAGUGAUUAGAAAAGAACAAGAAGACUAUGUUAAUAGGAUGACACUCCCAUUUAAUACUGCAAAAAAUGAUGCAUUAUUGGAAAAUGUGCUGGUUAUGAUUGUAUACUUAAUUCCUCAUCAAGGAUCAUCAUCAUCAACGUCUGAUGGCAUAAUUAAAGUCUUUGAAAAAGCCAAAAAGUUUCAAGACACAAGUUCAGAUGAUUUUCCAGUGGUCAGUGUCGUAUUAUUGGAUGAAGUUGGAUUGGCUGAAACAAGUCCUCAUAACCCAUUAAAAGUUCUUCAUUCUCUACUGGAACCAAGUUAUCCUGCUGAAGGACCAACUGUUUCUGUUGUUGGAAUUAGUAAUUGGAGAUUAGAUAAUAGUAAAAGCAGUAGAGCCCUGUUAGUGCAAAGACCGCAAUUAACACUUGAUGAUCUUGUAGAUAUAGCAGUACGUUUACUUAAUGAUGAAUCAACCACAAAAGUGCAGCCAUCUUCCGUAAGGCACAUAGCAACUGCCUACUUAGAAUAUGCAGAAUCUGGACAAGAAAUUCCAAAUUUCCAUGGACUUCGAGAUUACUAUUCUUUAGUUAAAAAUCUUUCAAGCCAGGAACUAACACCAAAGAAUAUACAAAUGUCUUUAGCUAGAAAUUUUGGCGGUACCAAUAAUUAUUCUGAAAUAUGUAAAAAAUAUUUUGGAAAUGUUAUAGAUAUUUUUAAUUCAAAUCCAAACUGGACUUAUGAACCGAUAUCGACUGAAUUUUUAAUUAAUGCAAAUCUUGAAGAUGAGUUUGCUAGACAUUUAAUGGUAAUCGGAAACAGUGAUUCGAUUGUUAAUUUAUUAGUUUAUCAAUUGAGACAACGAGAAUUGGAACCGGUUGUUAUUUUUGGAUCACAAUUUCCCAAAGAUCAAAAUGACCAAGGAAUAAAAGAUGCUGAUCCGCCACUCCUAAACCGAUUUGAAAAACAAAGAAUGACAAUGAGAGAUACAUUUACAUCCGUUCACGAAGAAUUGGUUGAGGAAUUAACUUCCUGGGCAAAGAGAAUGUCAACUAUAACAUCGAUGCAGCUCGCUGUUUCACGGGAUAAAUUUACAUUAAGUGACUUGUUUAUUGGAUUUAAUCCCGAUGAAACUAUUCAGAGUUUGGUGAUUGAUAUUAAAGAGACUUAUCAGUGGAUGGAUAGUUUGGAGAUCUUGGAAAAGUGUAAAGAAUGCCUGAUUGCGAUUGCUUCUUCUGAUGGCAUUGUUAGGGCUGAGAAAUCUGCAUUGGAACCAGAUGAAAUAGAACAUUGCAAAAAAGUAUACUUUAAAGAUCAACAUCAUGAUCAUCUGGAAGAUUAUUUUUCAUCUCUACUUGAUACGGAGCCGACGACUAAAGGGUAUCAAAUUAUUAUCAACACAUUUUCGAAUAUCAAUACAGACAUUGCGAAAUGUCUUAAAGACGUAUUUACUUGCCAAGUUCUUAAACUAUCAACCUUUAAAACUGAAGCAGAGUUUCAAAAUCAAAUUAAACGAUUCUGGUUCGAUUCACCAAAUAAAGCGAUGUUGGUAUUACAAUGUGAUCUUACUACCGCUAAUGCUGGAUGUAUUAAGUUGGCCAAAUUUUUGAUCGAACAAUACCGAUUAGAGUAUUUUACAAAAAUGGAACAAGCUCAAGAGUCGCAAGAACAAGAAAACUUUAUAGUUAAGCAUUGGAAACAAGUUACAAUUGAGACAUUGGUUCGACAAGAAAAACCUUUAUCAUCACUUUUGUAUGGUAGUCUUUGUGAGAUUAUUGAAGAAACUUAUCCAUUUGAAGAGAUUUUGAAACAAGAAUUGUACAUAACCGAAAAAAUCCCUGGAAAUCAGGAACUUGUCAAUGCAUUGAAAACAAGAACAAAAGAAUGGAUAGAACAAGAAGAUUCAUUAACAGAUUGGCAAUAUCAUGUUGCAUCCAGUAAAAAGUCGCUGUAUCCACAUUCGUCAUUUGUUACCGCAUUGUUAACGCAUAUUCGAGCAAUGAUUCGAAAACCAUUAGCAAGAAUAUUAUGCGCACUUGAACGAUUUUCUGCAAUUGAAACAUUUAUAAACCUCAACCAUCUCAAAGAUGAGCAGCAAGAACAAUUAUCAACAUUCUGGAAGGAGAUGUUUGCAGAUAGAGACGUCAUCAAUAUUGAUCUAUUACAACAACCAAAACCAGAUAUAUAUUCAUUACCAGGAGGAGUCCAUGAUCUGAAAUUUCCAUUUUCUUAUUAUUUUAUGAAACAAAUUGAUCGUUUUAAAAGACUUUAUGAAGAAGAAAUUGCCAAACUUCAUGAAGACCCGGAAAAUCUGGAUGCCGAUGGAACAUUGCUUAGUGAUGUUAUCGAGGAUUAUAAUAAGGGAUUCGCGAAUAAUAUUUUUAAUUCGGUCAAACAUCUCAAAUCAUCACCACUAGAAUGGAAUAGGGAAUUAUACUUUGAAGAUUUUAUCUCAGUAAUUUGUUCAAAUGAACCGGUUAGUAAAAUGAUUGAUCCGGAGGAUCACCAUUUUGAAAAAUUCCUUGUAUAUGAAAUAGCUGAACAAAAGUUAUAUGAGCUUGAAUCGAUAGAAAUUAAUCAACUACCAGAAUGGCAACAUGAAGCAACCAAAAUUAUAUCACUUUGUACAAAACUCACAGAAGCUUCUGAUUUAGAGUCUUUCCAUCUCUUGCAAAUAUGUAGUGAUUUAAUAUCCACUGAUGUAAUUUCAUUAGAUGCCAUUAAAGAAAUUGUAAAAGUGGCAUAUUCAGGGGAAGUGCAACAAAUUUUCACUAGUAAAUUUGUCAAAACAGGUUUCCAAAUUCUAGAUGGAGUUAAAGAUUAUUAUGUUCCAAGGAAAUUAUUUAUGAUUAAAUGUCUUGAUAUUCUCCCGAUUACUUCGAAUAUACGUUUAGACCUUUACAACAAAUUGUUCUCAAAAGACCCUUUUCCACUUAUCGACAAUAGAAUUUCUGACCCUAUAGAAAUUAAUAACUCACAAUUGGGAGAUAUUGAUAUAUCCGAGUUAACCAAUCGACUUAAUUACGAUAUGGAAGUAAAUAAGCAAGUUCCAUUGAUCCAUUCUCUUAGAAUAUAUUUUUUGCGUGCUUUGCGGCGAUGUUGUGAAUUCUCCUUGGAUGAUGUAAAACGAUUUUGUAAAUCUCAGGAAUACACAUUACCUUGGUUAGCAAAUUUAUCAUGGGAGGAUAAUAAUCGAGCAAAUAGGUUCCCUUUUAAUCCAUAUAGAUCGAUGGAAGAUUAUAAUAAUUUAGAGACUACAUUUGCAUCUCUUCACAACUUUAACAAUAAAGGGCCGUUUGAAAAGAACUUUUUUGCAAAGUUUAAAAAGAAGAAUUCAAAUCUAUCACAUUUAGCAUUAAUGGGAUUAAUAUUUAGCAGAUUGCACGCAAUCAGAGCUUCACGCGGAUGGUCAGAAAAUGAAACAUCAACAGCAAAAACUUUACAAGAAAGUGUUGAAAGUGUUGACCAUCUUUCAACAAUUUAUAAAACCACCAUCAAAAAUCUCAUCUCUAAUGAACAUAAACUUUUGAGAUUGACUGAAGCUAUUAAUAAUCAAGAUUUAUUGAUUAAAUCUGUUAUUGGACAUAUAAUUGCAUUAAAUGCGUCUAUUCGUCAUGAUUCGUCACCUCUUGCUAAUUUAUUACAGAACUUACAUUAUUGUACUGGAUUGUUUAUUCCAGCCACUCCUUCAGACGAAGAAUCCAUUGUUUUGAGUGCAGUUCUUCGAGGGGGUGGUUUAAACCAUGUUGCGGCAGAAGGUCAAACAAAAAUGGAUAAUAAUCCGCUUAGAAUUCCAUUAAGUGCCAAAAACCAGACUGGUUAUAUCGGAGAACCAAUAAACCAAGAACCAGCACAAUCAGUUAGAAUGAUGUCCCCGACUUCGUAUCGUAUCUUACAUUUAUUCGUUCAUGUGAUUAUCGGAGCUUGGGCACAUGCACCGCUGGCAAAAGAUUUCUUGCAAAAAAAUAAUAAGAUAGCCACUGAUUCUGGAAAGUAUUGUAUGGACCAUAUAAAGAAUGAUUGGAUGGUUCUAAGGAGGAUACUUAAUACUUCAGAUGAGAAUUUAGCGUUGGUUUUACAUUCAAUUUUGGAUUCAAUGGUUCAAAAACCAUGUAAAAUGGUUUCAUUAAAGACCUCAGCCGAGCGAGAUGAAUGGGAAACAGAAUUUAAAGACAAAUAUGUUACCCCUCAAGUUAUAAAUAUCACUGAAACGGCAGUCAACUUCCAAAAUAAGCUUGCUGAAGCCGAUAAGUCUCAAGAUAACGUCAAUAUUAUCGAAGCAGAAAUAAAUCAAACAUUAGCAAUGGACAAUAAUUAUCAACUUGAACAUUUGCCAAAAAUGUGGAGAUUCAUAUCUGAUAUUAGUUAUCAAAGUCUUCAUGCUCAUUAUUUGAGUGAUGAAGAUAAGCAUUCUAAAAAAUAUCCGUUUUUGGCUCAAUUCUUUAAACAUUCUGAAAAACUAUCGUUGAUAAAGCACCUUUUACCGAUUGUAAGAUUUGUGCAAAUUUUAUCUUCAAGGUUAGAAUAUCGAUUAAGUAGGGAUGAGGCUGAGGAACAAACUUUUGGAAAAUUUAUUGAUAAUGAAGAAGGAGAAAUGGAAUUUGAAUAUUCAGACAAUAAUAUUUUGAGACCAAUGUUUGAAGAUUUUGCUGAAUCUUGGAAUGAAAUUAUUGAUAAAGUUAAAAAUUAUCAAUGUCAUCCUCUUCCAGAUCAACCAAGGAUAAAUCUGGAUUCCCGUGUAGCCUUGGGAUUGAUCGAACCAGUUAACUCAGGUGUAUAUCUUUGCGCAAUUUUAGAAUAUCUUAUUGGAUUACAAAAUGAAUUUUUGGAAGAUGUUAUGGCAAUUCCUUAUGAAUCCUGGACUUCAUUAAAAUUUUUGGAUGAAGCUUCGCUUAAUUCUAACGAAACAGUAACUUCAACUUCACAAACAGAAAAAACAUUACAUCAUUAUAUUAGAUCCAUUCGUCUAGAAAAUGCUAAACCAAAUAAUUUUAUCAAUUAUGAAUGGAAUGAUGAUCUUCUUCAAUAUAGUCAGCGGAAUUUACAAAUGGGACGUGGAGAUGACGUUGCAUUUGAUUUACAAAAAAUUGAAUCCGAACUUGCGCGUCAAUUAGUUUUUGGUAAAGUUCAUAUCAAUACAAUUGACGAAUCAAACUUAUAUCUAGAGCAAUUUAAUUUCCAUUUAGAAUUAUUUAAGGGUUACAUGAGAAUUCUGAGUGAUAUCAAAGUAUUAAUCCCGCAAAAACCUAUUUCAAAUUACAUGAAAUCAAACGUUUUUAAUUUAUCUACUACCUCAUCUACAAAAAUAUCCUCAACCAUGGAUAAUUUAGAAUCGAUGUCAUUUGAAAGCGCAUCAAAAUUACUUUCUUGUUUGGAAAUUUUACUUUGCUUCGUAAAAAGAAAAUUAAUUAGUGAUUCCGAAAUUUUGAUUAGUGAAUUUGUAAAACAAUGGGCAAAACUUUCUGUUUUGGUUGAUAAUGAAUUGUUUAUGAAUAUCUUAAAAGUUGAUUUAAGGCUCAAACAUGUCGUAGCUUUAUAUGAGCUUAUUGAAGAACAAGUUGCUAACAAAGUUAUUACGUAUGUCGAUGACAAAUAUGCAGAGCCAUUAACAUCGGAUUUAGAGAAGGACAUUUCUGAUGCACUUGAUUUUGAUAUUACUAAUGACGUUGAUUCUGAAGAAACUGAUUUAAAACCAAUGGAUGAUGAUAGCCUUAUUGUUGAGGAAAAUAAGAAAGUUAAGAAAAUCCCAGCAGAAGCAUUCGCUAGCACAUUAAAAAGAUUUAUUUUCAGAUAUCUAAUGAAAGAAUCAAUCAAAGAAGAUCAUCCAAUGUGGGCUUAUUUAAAGGAUGGUUCAUUGAACUUGUGGUCAGCACAAAUUUCAGAAGAAUUAGUCGAUGACUUUUUCCCAGAAAGUUUGAUGACAUGCCAUUCUUUCGAAGCUUACCGAUUUGUUUUUGAAAAAGUUGAGCAUAAGGAACAAAAUGUUUCUCAUCAGAAUGUGGAUGGUCCUGACAAUAGCUCAUCAUCUAAUACAUCAUCUAAUAGAGGAUCUCAUAGUUCUAGAGGUUCUAGAGGAAGUAGAGGGUUUCAUAAGGGACAUAACAAUGUUCCAAGAGGUCAGAAUCAAGGAAAUAGUAAUGCUUCAGGAGGUCAACGUCACUCUGAAGAUGCCGAAUCUUCGACAAGAGGGCGUG